AUGGAUCUUGCUUCAGUGAGAUCUGAGAAAUCCCUGUUUAGUAUGAAUGAGGCGCUUCUGGAGACGGAGUCGAUAUCGUACGAUGUCCUCGGGGACUUCCAUGAUGCUACCGAAAGCCUGAAUCUUCCUUACAGAAUUGGUCUUGCAAACAAUGAUAAGCGUGAAUUGAGGCCACAUCACGCUCCAGGUGCACGAAGAGACGAUCACUCGGGGGCCGAGUGGACCAGAACGUCAAAAGGACUUUCUGUGCCACCAAGCUCAGAUCGAAAACGUGUUGUCAAGCCUACCAAAGAUGGGAAAAGCCACAAGGCAUAUCCGUCAAAGCACCGAGCUUCUACAACGUCGACUCAGAAGCUCAUUCGAAUUGCCCGACCUCAACCAACCCCAUGGACCAUGUUGGGGCCUAACUCGGCCUUGACAGCCUCUGUCCUACCGUGCAAUCUUCCGGACAGUUUGCUGAAACAAUACUUGCACCAAAUUCCUUACACUCUCGGGGAGAUGGUGUCAAGAGGUGCAUCGGGAUCUGAUUAUGGGAAAGCCUUCGCCAUGAAUGUGAUGUCCUCUAUCACCGCCAGUCCCGCCCUCCUACAUUCCAUAAUCUUUGCUCAGAUGCUGUACGAUCGUGUUCAUCAAGGGAUCCAUUCGGCCACGCCAAUUGAAGUUGAAGUGGGGUCUACGGCCGUGGAGCACCUCAACCGGGAGAUAAGCAAUCCCAAAAGAGCUGUCAGUGAGUCGCACAUCUGGGCAGUUGUCGCCUUGGCCUACUCCGGACGCGUCGCGGUACUGCGAUCAGGCCUACAGUACCCGCACCAGUCGUUUCUGAAAGAGCUACAGUCCAUCCAUGUGUACUGUAGAAUGGAGGUCGUGUUCGAGCAUGUACUAGGACUAAUCAAGAUGAUCGAAAUGGUUGGAGGGCUACAAAACAUUAGCACACCGGGCAUAGCACAGAUGAUAUCACUGGCUGGUAUUAUCGGUGCAUGCAGAAUGGUGCAGAAGCCAAUCUUCCCCUUCAUCCCCCACACGACUUCAUUCCUCCAAGACGGAGAGCUGAAUGUGAGCCAAGCGGAAUUCGACAUUGUGGCCGCCGAACUAGGCAACCUAGGAACUGGCUUCUGGGAUGUUUGGGACGUGCGGUCAGCAUCCGGGAUGUUCGACUUCUUCGCCGUCAUCCAGCACGCCUGCGACUUUACAGUGGUUGUGGAGAACUACAUUCGUGGCCGGUGGACGUCGAGGACAUCUACUGAAAUCAUGGACCAGCGGAACUACAUUCAACAUUCCCUCAUGUCGUUGAAAUCAUACAGUGAACUAGCGGCCGACGAAGGGACUGUGGACGAGGUGCACUAUGAGAGCGCCCGUCUCGCGGUGAUCAUUUAUUCAUUCCUCGUCAUCUUCCCAAUCCCGCCUGUGGCCGGGCCCUUUGAAACUUUGACUCGGUUAUUGCGACAAGAAUUGGAACAACACGAUCUCAAAGAUGGCAGACCGGCAAGAUUGCACAUUCAAUUGUGGGUCCUCAUGAUGGGCUGCAUCGCUUCGGUCGGCUUGCCAUGUCGGCCGUGGUUUCUUUCGCAGCUUGCAGUGUACUUGAAAAUUGCAAAGGUCGAAAGGUGGCAGAAUCUGCAGGAAAUAUUGCAGACUUUUCUUUGGCAUCCCGGAACAAAUAAUGUUGAUGGCCUGGAUAUUUGGGAUGAGAUUGAAGCUUGA